CUUUUAUGUGAGGGUUGCUAGUCAAAUGGUUUAAACUUAGCACUUUACUCAAAAGAGUUCUAUAGAAAAAUGAAUAUGUUUUCGAAGAUUCUAUUUUAAGUUAAAAAAAAUCCUGUCAUUUAGUCACAUAAAAUUCUUUCUGACUUUACAUAUAGUAAACCAAAUUAGUGAUAAAAAUAAGAUCUGAAGUUAAAGCUUGUAUUUGUGUCACAAGGUUGAAUGAAAGAAAAUACUUUAUCAGAGGAUGGCCACUGCACAAUUGCACAGAACCUCCAUGAGUACGUUUGUACUUCCCAGUAAGAUAUCAACUGAGCAGCAGUCUUUAGUGUUAGUGAAGAGGCUUCUAGCAGUUUCAAUAUCCUGCAUCACGUAUUUGAGAGGAAUAUUCCCAGAAUGUGCUUAUGGAACAAGAUAUCUAUAUGAUAUGUGUGUCAGAAUUCUGAGAGAACAGAAGGAUUGUCCAGGAUCUACACAGUUAUUGAAGUGGAUGUCCGGAUGCUAUGAUGCUUUAGAGAAAAAAUAUCUAAGGUUGGUUGUUCUAGCUGUAUAUAGUAAUCCAGAAGACCCUCAGACAAUUUCAGAAUGUUACCAGUUUAAAUUCAAGUACACCAGUAAUGGACCAAUCAUGGACUUCAUAAGUAAAAACCAAAGCAGUGAAUCUAGUAUGUCAUCUGCUGACACCAAGAAAGCAAGUAUUCUUCUCAUUCGCAAGAUUUAUGUUCUAAUGCAAAAUCUGGGACCUUUACCUAAUGAUGUUUGUUUGACCAUGAAACUUUUUUACUACGAUGAAGUUACACCCCCAGGUUACCAGCCUCCUGGUUUUAAGGAUGGUAAUUGUGAAGGAGUGAUAUUUGAAGGGGAGCCUAUGUACUUAAAUGUGGGAGAAAUCCCAACACCUUUUCACACCUUCAAAGUAAAAGUGACCACUGACAAAGAACGAAUAGAAAAUAUUGAUUCAUCUGUAUUAACACCAAAACAAUUAAGAACACCACUUCAAAAAAUUCUUAUGGACAAAGAUGAUUUCAAAGAUGAACAGGAGCAUUACAUAAGUAAUGAUUUUGACAUUGAAACUAAAAUGGAAGAGCAGAAAAAAAACCCUGGAUCUUCUGAACUUGGAGAACCAGGUGUAGUUUGUGAAGAAGAUGAAGCUAUGAGGUCUAAAGAAAGUCCAGAUCUUUCAAUUUCUCAUUCUCAGGUUGAGCAGUUAGUCAGUAAAACAUCUGAACUUGAUGUGUCUCAAAGCAAAACAAGAAGUGGAAAAAUCUUUCAGAAUAAAAUGGCUAAUGGAAAUCAACAAGUAAAAUCUUCUAAGGAAAAUCGGAAGAGAAGUCAGCUUGAAUCUGCGAAAACAGUCCUUCAUCACCUUGAUUCUUCUAGUCAAGAGUCAGUGCCAAAAAGAAGAAAGCUUAGUGAACCAAAGAAAAAUACAUAAAAAAAUUUAUUUCUGGGCUUCCCUGGGGGCACAGUGGUUGAGAGUCCGCCUGCCGAUGCAGGGGACACGAGUUCGUGCCCCGGUCCUGGAGGAUCCCACAUGCCGCGGAGCGGCUGGGCCCGUGAGCCAUGGCCGCUGAGCCUGCGCGUCCGGAGCCUGUGCUCCGCAACGGGAGAGGCCACGGCAGUGAGAGGCCCACGCACAGCGAAAAAAAAAAAAAAAAAAAAUUUAUUUCUGCAUGUUUGCAAAGUUCUUCACAACAUUUAAAGGACAUUAUAUUACUGUUUUAAGGUGUGUUUGCCCUACCUCUGAAAACUUGCAUGUAGUCUUAAGAAGUUAGUACACUAAAAUUAAUCCUUAGCUGACUAUCAUAUUGUGAUCCUUAAUCUUAUCUGAGACAAACUCAGGAGAACUUUUGAAUUAAAAGUACCAGUGUCAUAAUUUGUUGUGUUAAUUAUCUACUCAAUAUUGAUCUAUCUUCCAUUUUGGUGGACACUUUCUUUUAACAUAUAUUAACGUUUAAGGUCCUCUAAAGCCAUUUUUUGAAGUAAAUAAUGUUUAUUUUGGUAUUAAAUUUUGAUAGUAAUUCACUUUUUACUUGUGUUAAAACUAUACAAUUUAACUGGCUAUGUCUGUCAUGUUAUUAAAACAAUGUUCUUCAGUACUUUGAUAUAGUGUAUUAACAUGAUAAUAUAUAAUGUACAAUUAAAAAUCGGUGCUUUAACUUUUAACAUUUUUUACUACAAGAGAAAAUGAUUUUAAAGUCUGCCAUUUUUGGCAGCAUAAAUAAAAUGUUCAGCAUCUAGACUCUUUCAUGGCUUCUAAUUUUUAUUUAAAUAGCAGAAAAUUUUUAGGCACUAAUUUUGAGAUCAUUUCAGUAGAUGUUACUUUGCAAGAGUUGAGCACGCUUUCUAGAACUUUUGAGUGGUAGUGAAAGAUACUGUGCUUUUAGUGAGAAACCUGGGACCCGGUUCCAGACUUGACUGUUUUCUGUGCUCUAGAAAAGAAAAGCUUAAAACUUGGUCUGUUUGCCUCUUGCAUUUUCAGCAGCCAUAUUCUAAAAACAUAUUAUUAUCCGUGGGCUUGCCAGUAACAAGCACUAAUAGCGAAUGUUAGAAUGAAUGCUAUGGUAGAAAUGUGCCUAUUCUGUUUAAUGUAAACCAAGUAAACGUCCACAAACUGACUCAGAUCGGUUUUUUCUGGAACAGGAAAGUUAGGGAUAAGCUAACUGUCGAAAACAACCAAUUUUUAAAUGUUUAUGUAUUCUUAGCUUUAUUGGAUCCCAACCCAUCUCACCUAAUUGUAACAGUACAGUAUACACUGCUACAGUAACACACCUGCUACACUGAGGUUGACCAACAGAAACCUUUGUAGAUCGGCAGCUGGUGAUAGCUCACCGAACGCUUUGAUUGGCCGGUUUAAUGGAGGGUGGGGAGCGCAGCCCUCUUUCCUUUCUCUACCAAGGUUCCUUCAUUGGAUUGACCAGCUGUCAGGUUGAGCCCAAACCUGCCUCCUUUUGGUGGUGUUUGUCUGGAUCG